AUGUCAACAAAUUCAAAUUAUCGAUCUCAGUUUAAAUUGCCUAGAGUCGAUUACGAUCAAACAAAUUAUCCAAAUAUUCAAUCAAAGAAAUUCAGCAUAAAUAAGAAUGGAUUAAAAGACACAGAAAAAUUAAACAAAAUUAAACAGAUUUUUUUAUUAUCGUUUGAUGAUUAUAUGUCUCAUGGAAUCGACUACGAUGAAAUAUUACCAAUUUCUUUAGAACCUUUUGAUUCGUUUAUCGGUUGGUCUGUUACUCUAAUUGAUUCUUUGGAUACUUUGUAUCUAAUGAAUCUAAAAACAGAAUUUAAUUUUGCAUUGAAAAAAAUUUCGACAAUCAAAUUCAACUAUACUUUUAGAGAAUAUAUACCUAUUUUUGAAACUAUUAUCAGAGUACUCGGGGGCUUAAUUUCAGGUUAUGAUUUGUCAGACGAGGAAAUUUUAUUAAUUAAAGCAACAGAAUUGGCAGAUAACCUAAUUGGCAUAUUUGAUACUCCAAACAAUAUGCCACUUUUAUAUUAUUAUUGGAAAGGUAAAGAUACGAAAGUCCCAAAAUAUGCAUCAAAAUCUGCUUCGAUUGCUGAAUUUGGUUCCUUUUCAUUGGAGUUUACAAGAUUGGCUCAACUAACUAAUAAUAACACAUAUUUUCAUUUUAUUCACAAAAUUACUAAGAAUUUGGAAACUUAUCAAGACAAUGAAAAAUUAAAAGCCAAUUCUAUUUUAAAUGGAUUGUUUCCUUUAUAUAUGGAUAUAUCAGCCGCUUCAGAAAAUGUUCGAAAAUAUUCCAUCGGCGGUUUAUCUGAUUCAUUUUAUGAAUAUUUAAUAAAACAAUAUCAUCUUUUGAAUGGGUCAAUGAAGGAAUAUUUAAUGCUUUAUGAAAAGUCGAUUGAAAAAGUUAAGAGAUACAUGUUAUUUAAAGCCAAGUUGCCAUCGAUUAAGAAUUAUGGAAGUGAUGAUUUAAAUACAGACGAUGUUCUAUUUUCAGGAGAAAUUAAUGAAAUUAUUUCAAGCAAAGAUGGAUCAAAUAGUUAUUUUAUCAUGAAUAAGAUCGAGCAUUUAUCAUGUUUUGCUGGCGGAAUGUUUGCAUUAUCAUCAAGAAUUAGAGAUAAUAAGGAAGAUUUGGAAAUUGCCAAAAAAAUUACUAAUGGGUGUUAUAAGAUAUAUGAAUUAAUGGGUCUUAUGCCGGAGAAUCUUAAUAUUGAUUCUUGUGAUGACAUUGAUAGUAUUGAAAAUGGGAAACGUUUAAAAUCUAGGAAUUAUUUUAAACCAACAACACCAAUUCAAAAAAUUGUUGGGGAAACUGGAGAGUAUGAAUAUAAGUGGAAAAUUGGAGAUGUUUUUAACCAACCAUUAUGGGUGAAUAAAAUGGAUCCAAGUUUCAUUCUCAGACCUGAAACUAUUGAAUCGAUUUUUUAUUUGUAUAGGAUUACAGGGGAUGAAGAAUGGAGAGUGAAAGGAUGGAGAUUGUUUAAGAAAACUAUAAGAUACUGUGGGAUUAAAGAUAAAAAAGGAAAGGUGAUUGGAAUUUCAUCGUUGAAAGACGUUACGAGGAUAAAUGUUGAUAGUUUGAAUGUUGAAAGAAACCAGGAUGAUGUGUUGGAAAGUUUUUGGUUUGCGGAAACAUUGAAGUAUUAUUACUUGUUAUUUGAAGAUUUUGAUACCUGGAGUCUAGAUGAAUAUGUUUUUAAUACAGAAGCACAUCCAUUUUCUAGAAAAGCU